AUGGCUCUAGUGAGGAAUAGAAGCAGGAUAGCAGUGUUAUUAACCGCCAUCUUCCUGCUGAGUCUGUCCUGGCAUAAAAGCUUGUUUCAGGAAUCCCUUAGAUACUUGAUCGGAAACUGUGUUGGUUCUGUGAGGGAAAUUAAAGUCAACAUCCAGAAGAACGAAACAACGCUUCAGUCUCUGAGAAAAUAUGAUCUUCAGUCUGAAAUAAAUAAAAUCUUUGAAAAAAUCCAAAAACAUAUUCCAAAUGUUACGUUCACCUAUUUCAACAGAAGUACAAGUGUGAACAACAGUAAGGUGUCCAUAGUCAAUGAAAGGGAACAGUACUGUGUUGGAGAAGACCUUGUGGUACAGGUCGACAUGUACGAUCACCUGGGUAACAGGAAGACCCAUGGAGGAGACUUCAUAAGAUCACGACUCUUUUCUAAAAAGCUUGGGGCUGCUGUGUCUGGCAGGGUGGAAGACUUUCUCAAUGGCUCCUACCAUAUCCACUUUCCAUUACAAUGGGCUGAUGAUAAAACCAAGGUCUCUAUUCGACUGUGGCAUCCUAGUGAAGGAAUUGCAGCCCUCUGGAGAUCACGGCAUGCCAGUCAAGGAGUUCUUGGUUACCAAGGAAAAUAUGUAUACCUGGACAAGGAAGCUAUCUCUACUUGUGGCUUUCUGCUCAACACAACUGAAGAGGUUUGCGAGUACAAAGAUGAGCUCUACGAAGAGGCCUUCUACUGUAUUAGACCCAAGAACCUUCCUUGUGAAUGUUUAAAUAAUAUGAGAGCUGUGAAUAUUGAGGUGUCCUACCUUACACCAGAGGAGAGAAAACUGUUUCAACGGUCUAAUGUCGGUGUGGAAAUGGCCCAAAGUUUGAAUCCUGUGGUGGUCACUCCUUGUAAAAACCAUUCAGCCACUUCCAAUGUAAAAUGUCAGCCGGGGAUGAGCUCUCCCUAUCCCAGCGGAUACUUCUACAAUUACACCUGGCGCCCCGUUUACUGUGACAUGACCGUCUAUAAGUCGGGGGACGACUUCAUUAAUUGUCUGCAGGGGAAGAACCUCUUCCUCAUCGGAGAUUCCACGUUACGUCAGUACAUGACGCACUUCACCGAGGGGAUCAAGAUAGUAAAAUAUUUCAGUUAUGAGGGUGGAUGGAGUUCAUGGGAGAAGACACUCGAGGCUUUCAACAUGGAUAAUGACAUUUAUGUUUCCUACAAAAGGCACGGCUUCCCCCUGGAGAGCUUCUCGUUCUUCUACUCCAAGGAGGACAUGUACACAAGUCGUCAGAUUGACCAACGUGGUGGGGGGAAGGACACCAUCAUUGUAAUUACCAUGGGACAACACUUCAGACAGUUUCCAUUAAAACUGUACAUUAGACGAGCGAUCAACAUCCGUAGAGCCGUGGAGCGAUUGCUUCUAAGGAGUCCAGAUACCAAGGUCAUCAUCAAGACGGAGAACACCAGAGAAGGCAAAUUUCCGACUCCUCAAGAAAAACUUGGUGACUUCCAUGGUUAUUGCCAGUAUCUGGUGCUUAGGGAGGUCUUCCAAGGGAUCAACGUGGGAUUCGUGGAUGCUUGGGACAUGACGGUAGCCUCCUCCAUGGAGUGUGUUCACCCUCUGGGAUACACAUUUUACAAUAUAAUGAGCAUGACGUUCACCUUUGCUUGUAAUAAUCUGAUAUGA